GUUACGCAGAAGCCCUGCGUCUUUCCGUUGCGCAAUCGCAAGCUGAUUGUGUAUUUUUGAAUUAUCAUUAGACCAUUCCAUCACUGCAGCAAACCUUCGUCCGUCGCCUCAACCAAAUCGCGCACCGUCGCAUCGCUCUGGUGCUUCCAUAAGUUCUUCCGCUUCUAAUAAUACCAUACGCCAAAACAAUAUGUCGGGCAUGAUGAAUGCAGAGAGAAGUCGGACGAGGAGGGAGAGGACAUUCGUCGGGAGCGAAUGCGCCGUUUGCGAAGAGCCCCUGGAACACACACUCCGUGGUGAGAGGAUCUUACAGUUUUCGUGCUCCCACGUCUCCCACGAAGCUUGCUUUUAUGAGUUUAUCCGCGAAUUCGAGUCACAAUAUUGCCCAUCAUGCAAUGCGCCUCUACACCUGGACACAAGCCGUGGAGGUAACGUCCUGGAUAUUGAAAAAUUAACAAAUAUGGUCCGAUCGGCAUCUGCGAGCGACAGCAGGUCGAUAACCACGCCAACGCCGAGGGAUGGUAGGGACGGCUGGGAGACUCAGAGUGGCCGGCCACACAGCGGCGAGUCUAAUGGUCGUAGUAUGGCACCCAGUAAUGGCCGUGAGAGCGCAGCUCGUGGCAACCUUCGAGACAGCCGAGAUAGUCGGGAUACAUCAGGUUCGGAUCGUUACGCAAACGCUCAUAGACAUGGCCGUAGCGAUAGUGAAGCGACUGGUGUCGCUUCAUCAACAGGCUACCCCGAAACAGCGCAAAGUGGUCCGCCGCGCCGACAUGAUUAUGAUCUUCAAGCCAUGGAAACGACGCCUGGUAGCCCGAGAGCUAUGGCACGCAACCCGAUACCACCACCGUCGGUCGUUGUUCGAUCUGAAUUCCCCACCAUAACCCGCUCGAGACAACAGCAGACCUUAACAUGCCUUGUCACAGUAGAAGUUGCCGACAACAAAUGGAAGCCGGAUCCCGAAGAUCUUGGAACCGUGAACCCAGCACCGCAAAUGCGCGUUGAAGAUGCAUUUGCGCAGAGGCCGCCAUCGCCAGCGAGAAGUUCGCAGCCACGCUUUUACCCAUACGAAGCGCCGGAAGUUUUAGAAGAGAUGACUGAGAACUUACGGACUCGGGUCGAUAAUUGGCAUGGUCUGGAUUUCAAUAGAUUCGGAAAGCUUCGACUUUACGGCACUUUGAGGGUCGGUAAAGACAAGGUUUCAUGGCAAGAAUUGGAGUGUUAUCUCUUCGCUGAGAUGCUUAUCUGCGUCAAAGAAAAGAAGAAUCUCCCUCCCGCACAGCAGCAACAAUGGGAUGAGAACGGCAUGCCUAGGAAAGCGACACGGUGUACCCUAAAGGGUUCUAUUCUUAUUAAGAAGCAUCUUAAUGAGGUCUCCGAAACUGGUACGGUUGACGAGAACGUAUUAACGCUUAGUCUCUCUGUCGCUGAGCUCCCGCAGUUCCAUCUACGUUUUGAGAACCGAAACCAAUUAAAGCUUUGGCAGCAAGCUCUUCUCGACCUUAACGCCGUUGAAGGAUCCCCAGUUAGAAGUCCUGAGUAUGAACGGGAGGCAUCAGAAAAUGAAGAGGAUGAUUGGGCUAGAGCGAAUCGGCCUCAGCGGGUUUCAUCAGUGGCCUCUUCCUACGGUGGACCCAAAUCGGUCACGACGGCUCCCACCGAGUACACAAGCCUCGCUAACAAGUGCUCGACCAUUUCGUCAUUCCACGUACCGAUUGAUGUCGUCGUCGUGGUACCUAUUUCUUCAUCGAUGCAAGGAGUCAAGAUUAACCUCGUUCGGGAUGCUCUAAAAUUUAUGGUCAACACUCUUGGUGAACGCGAUCGGAUGGGUCUUGUCACUUUUGGCUCGGGAGGAGGCGGCGUACCCAUUGUCGGAAUGACUACCAAGGCAUGGCACGGAUGGAACAACAUAUUAGCUUCGAUUAAGCCUGUGGGACAGAAGAGUCACCGUGCGGAUGUCGUAGAGGGUGCCAAUGUCGCCAUGGACUUGCUCAUGCAACGCAAGUAUAACAACCCGGUCGCGACGAUUAUGCUCAUCAGCGACGCCUCGACAUCCGAUGCUGAUAGUGUCGAUUUCGUUGUCUCACGAGCUGAGGCCGCUAAGAUCACAAUCCACUCAUUUGGUCUAGGCAUGACUCACAAGCCAGACACCAUGAUUGAGCUUUCUACGAGGACAAAGGCUUCGUAUACCUAUGUCAAGGACUGGAUGAUGCUACGUGAAUGCUUGGCUGGCUGCCUAGGAUCAAUGCAGUCGUUAUCUCACCAGAACGUAAAACUGAAGCUCAAGUUGCCGGAAGGUUCGCCUGCUAGAUUCCACAAGAUCAGCGGAGCGUUACAGAUCACCAAGCGUGCUACGGGUCGUGAUGCGGAAGCAUCGCUAGGGGACCUUAGAUUCGGCGAUAAACGAGAUAUACUUGUUCAACUAGUUAUCCUUCCCGAUAAUUCAUCCCAAGAGCAACUACCUCAGGAUCCUUGGGAGACAAUCGUAUCCGGCCUAGAAGCCCUAGGCGGACCUGCAGAACCUGAUGACCAGAGAGCGGUUUCUGUCGAAGAAUUGCCUCUUAUUCAGGCAGACCUAGUAUGGGGUGAUAUACUGAGGGAUGGUACUAUGAUGCACCUUCCGAGGCAAUCUCUACUUACCAUCACAAUGCUACCGGCGCCGGGUAGUUCGAAGAAGUCUUCCUCAUGGCAGAACAACCCUCCGAUCCCACCUCACCCACAUAUCGUACAACGAAGAAUGGAGCUACUCACUUCCGAUAUGCUUACCCGAGCGUUAACAUUGGUCUCGAGAGGCCAGCACGACCGUGCGAACACCCUCCUGAAUGAAACACGUUCGAUCUUGAAGGGAUUGGGCAAGGGAGGACUCCCACCCGUUCCCGUGCCCGCUAAUGGCAAAUCGAACCCUUCCACCCCUCAACCUGGAUCGGAUGCUUCUCCUAUCUCCGCUACACCGGAUCGGAAACACACCCCAUCGCCAACCGCCUCGGCUCAUUCAGGUGCAAAUGGUCUUUCGGCCCUUCCUAGGACACGAUCGAAUGACGGGUUGACAUUAAGCAACGCGACCGGUAUUGACGUUGGCACUGUUGCCGCACUUGAUUCCGAACUCGAGGCUAGUCUUGAGUGGAUCAGCCACCCUGCGGUCUUUGGACGGGACAGCCGUAAAGCCGUUUUACAAGCUAUUGGUGUCAUUAGUAGCCAACGAGCAUUCACAUUCCGAACACCGAUAGAGAGCCUAUGGGCUGCUCGUGUCAACGGUGUUAAGAAGCUAACAGAUAAGAGCCGUGAGUGGAGAGAAGAAGCCGGCGGUGAAGGAAUUAUCGAAGAGCCGUAAUGGCAGUAUCAUUUUCAAUCCCCUCCUAUUCUAUCUAUAUAUAACCACAUAUUCUCGGAGCCUCGACGCCCAAUUAGACCAACGACCUCUACGGGACCAUGUUUUGAACGAAUAUUCUGCUUAUUCUGAGGGCUUACCUAUCUAGGUGCCUAUACAUGUUUUGGAUUUGCUUCACCCUUCAAAUUUUGUUUCUUUUGUUUACUCCUCGAACCACUCGAGCCUUUUGACUUAUUUCAGUCAAGUUUCUUAUGACC